AUGGCAGAUGAGGAGGAGCGCCUUAAGGCGGAGAAGCUUGCUGCUGCCAAAAAGAGGGUUGCCCAACUCCAAAAGCAGAAAAAGAAAGCCAACAAGAAAACUACAGGUGCAGAUUCCUCGAAAGAACCCGAGUCUUCCAAAGACGUUGAACCGCCGAAAGACGCCGCCGAGGAAGCCGCCACAACAGAGGAAAAGCAACAAGGAAAUACCGAACCGGCGCACGACAAUGUAGAGCCACAGCCCCAGCACGAGGAAUCGCCGGUUGAGCCCAUGUCCGAGGCUCCGACUUCCCCUGAGCUGGAGAGUGAACCCCAAAGUGCGGCUAAGCUUGAUACCCAACGUACGUCCCACGACCGCCAGCCAUCCCUCUCGAUCCAGUCGAAAAUGCGAUCGUCGUCGUUCCGGAGAACAUCCGUGUCACAGGGAAGCGUGUCUCCUUCUCCGUCUGCGGCAAUGAAAUCGCCCUUGCCUCCGUUAUCUGCUGAUGGUGACUCCGUGCAUGAGGUAUAUCGGAAACAGUCGACCCGGAUCGAAGAGCUCGAGAAGGAGAAUAAGCGAUUGGAGAAGGAAUUGGAGGACGGAACAAGUCGCUUGAAGAAGACAGAAGAUGAGCUAGAGGAUCUUCGUGAGGCGAUCGUGGAUGUGGCGGAGUUAAAGGACCAGCUUGAAAAGGCAGAGCAGAAAGCUGGAGAGACUGAUGAAUUGAAAGCCGAAAUUGCGUCCCUACAGAGACAGAACUCGCAUCUCCAAACGCGAACGCAUCGUAGCAACGCCAGUGUUUCUCCAGGUUCAGCAGAGUCGCCACCGUCAGACCUAGUACAACAGCUGGAGUCAAAAUCUGCUACUAUCGAAGCAAUGGAGUUGGAAAUAUCGAAUCUUCGCGUGCAGAUUUCGUCGCAGACUACUUCUAGCAGGGCGCGUGAAACACAAAUAGCAGCACUAGAAGAGAAGCUCUCGCGCAGCGAGGCCGCUCUUGAGAAAGCACAGAACGAGCUUACUGAUGCCAAAGCCUCCCUGACUCGUGCUUCUGAAAAGGCCGUCAAAGAGGGCGUAGACAAGACGUCCACGGAAACACUGAUUAAAAACCUAGGGUGGGAGAUCGAGGGGCUAAGGGAAGAAAAGGCCGAGGCGAAUAAGAAAAUCGAGACACUUGACAAGAAGCUACAAGCAAUGGGCAAUCUGCAUAAAGAAUCGGAGGCACGCCAUUCGGCUCGACUUCGAGAAAGCGAAAAGACAGAGAAAGAGGCCGCCGUACUACGAAAGAAACUAGCUAGUGUUGAAAACGAGAACCUCCGCCUGAAAGAAGAGCAAAGCAAGAAACGUGAGGUAUGCGGUGGUGGUGGUGGUGCCGACGAUGAUGCCAUCGACGAAUUAGAAGAUGAAGAGCGAUCGCGACUAGCUCGUCGCAUCCGCGAGUUGGAAGGCGAGAUCUUCGACCUGCGUCGCGGUGUUUGGAAGGAGAAACGAGAGGAACUCGGCGGCAGCGGACAGGAGCCCAACUUUGCUCCAGAUUCCACAUACAAUCCCAACCAUGCUGCGAACACAUUCGACGACGUCGACCUUGUUGGAGGGAGUCCCGAGCACGGCCGUCGCCGCAGUAUGGCACAGCAACAACACUCAUCUUUCUCAACUGUGCUGUCCAGCGGAAUUGCCGCAUUCACAGGAGGCAGCAACUACGGAAACCGGACCCGCGCUCCAUCGAACAAACAACAUCCACCUGCAGGGGGCAGUCUGGAACUACUUUCCGAAGAGAGCCUCGACGACGAAUUCGACGAGGCAGAGUUUGCGCGCGCACAGGCCGAGGAGGAGGCACGAAAACGUGUCGAAUGGGUACGCGAGAUCAAGUCCAAGCUCAAAGACUGGCAUGGUUGGCGGUUAGAUUUGGUGGACAGUCGAGCUGGGGCCGAAGGGGCCGGGGUAGGCAUGGGAGAGAUCUUUGAAAUUUAG